AUGUCGUACUGCCACAGCUUGUCGCUCCGCACAUUUUUGCCCAGAGAUACAUCCGCCCAGGGCAGGGCUUUUUCCACACCACUUCCUUCAUACCAUUCCACUUCACCUCUACCGCCUAAGCCGCUCCCUUCCUUCCAAAGGAACAGCGCUGCAUUGACCGGUAAAGCUCCACAAGUGCACAACGGUAUUGUUCCGCCCAACGGACGUUAUCAUCCUUACCAACGUGAUCUGCGUCGCACUCUUCGCCUAACGGCGAGCAACCUACUCCGAGCCAAGCCUGACGACUAUCACUCAGACCUACAGAAGCUUCACUCUAAGGUCAGCUCGUGGGCUGAAGCAAUCCCCAGAGACGCAUCUGACCCAUCCGUCCCCAUUUACAAACCAUACUGGUGGUCCAACGACGACGCCACCACCGUCCUCGCAUUCACACUCUCAAAGGACUAUCACCCUCGAGGGAUUCAUGAAAACCCCAAAGGCACCCUUCCCGAGAACAUUGCGCCGACCAUAUACGCUACCAUCCAGCACUACAAAGUCUUGCAGCAGCCCCACAUCGCUGCCAAGUUCACGGAGGAACAGAUCCAGUGCUGUGAUCGCAUUCUGCGACAUCUAGGAGCACUCAACGAGAGGAUUGAGAGAGGCGACGACUUUACGUUCAUCGAUAGAUGCAUCACUAUCAAGCUUUGCAUGGGACUAGGGAAGAUUUCAUUCAGAGGGAUUAACAAGGAGCAGGAACGCGUAGGAAGAGACAUUGUGAGGUUCGAGAAGGAGUCGUGCUACUGGCCAUACUAG